AUGGAAGGCAGUACAAGUACAUUUGACACUACUUCAGCUACUUCUGAAGAGAAGAUAAAGAUCGCUGGCACUGCUUCUUCUUUAUUUAGCGAUUCUAUACAGAGUCCCUUUGAUGCUAUAUUUUUUACACCCAUAAAUGAUUCCAACCCUCCCCCCACGACAGAGUUUUCACAAGUAGACCAACCUACACUACAAAUAGCAGAUAUUUCACAAAUUUCGACAGAAUUAGGUGUUUCUAAAGAGCCAGAAGAAAUUACUGGUUUAACAAGUAAAGAAACAGGCGAAUUGGACGAUUUGGAUGAUUUAGUUUUAGGUCAUACAACAUCUGAAACUUCCGAGGUACCUGUACCAUCAACCAUACGUGAAGCUACAAACGAUCCAGCCUUGACUUAUUAUUAUGGUUCUACUGAGCAAAAUUACUACGAAUAUGAAAAUUGGGGUACCGACGAUUCAAUAUACCAAUAUCAAACUUAUGGUACUACUCAAGCUGCAGCCGGCAUUGAGGAUGUAAAUAACCAGCAUACACAAUAUCCUGCAGUUGAUUCCUAUACCGGAACAAAUGAAUUAAACAAUAAUUAUCAAGAAUAUGUAGCUGAUACAUAUACGCAAUACGAUAAUAGUGUUGUUGGAACUAAUGCCAACAAUUUUAACUAUUCGUAUACUGGAUACAGUGGCCAACCGACCGUCGAUACAAUAUCCGCAACUCAUCAAUCUAGUCAACAGUAUCCAAAUUAUGAAUCCAAUCAAUCUACGGUUGUUAAUACCCCUCCACCCCAAUCCUAUUCACCAUUUUCACCAAAAGUCGUUCAAUUUGUGCCGUGCUCAUAUCCUCAAUGUACGGGAGAAAAUAAACAAACCGCCAAAUUUUGUUCAGAAUGUGGGCGAGCCAUUAAUGAGUCCUUAUCACCCGUAGUCGAUACGCCAAAUAUUUAUCAAAACGCUAUCGGCCAACAACAAUAUGGGACUGAUAGCACGAACAUUAUGUAUGGCCAACAACAAUAUGGGACUGAUAGCACGAACAUUAUGAAUGACCAACAGCAAUAUGGGACUGAUAGCAUGAACAUUGUGAAUGAUCCUUUAGGAAGGUCUAAAGGGUAUCCUAUAGUCGCUUUUGGUUUUGGAGGCAGAAUAUUCACCAUGUUCCCUCGUAUGGUCCAACGUUUUAAUAGUACGAACCAAAAUAUACCAAUCACAAAAUAUGCACCAGGUGCCUUUGUAAUUCGUACCUUAAAAGAUAUAGUUCCAUUACCAGAUAUUGAAGAUUUCCCUGGCCCUCUGCUUAUGGAUAAUAAUCGGGGAGGUAUAAAAGCGAAGAGGAAAAAUGUAGUAAAAUAUUUAAAUGAUCAAAUCAAAAUUGCAGAAGAUGUACUAAACUCUUUUGUUGGUGAAGAAGUUGAAAAGAAAAAAUUGGAAGCUAAUACGAUUAUUUGGCACUUAUUUAAAAUCAUGUUUGAACAUGAUGGUAUUAUUGUUGGAAGUCCAAAAGUUGAAGAAGCUGUACGUUGCGUUUUAACACCAUCUACCACUAAACCCGAGAAUUAUGAAUCGAACUUUACUGUCCCAGCCUAUUCUAGCUUUGAUUCUACGCAAGGCUUAUCAGAAUUGUCCACGUCUUCGUCUUUAACAUACGCCAUUUCUCCAAAAGCCAUUGACACAUUGCAGGAACUAUUACUUAAAGGAGAUCGUGUUUCUGCCAUAAAUCAUGCAAUUAAUGAAAAUUUAUGGGCUCAUGCUCUGAUAAUUGCAAGUUGUGUCAAUAAAGACCAAUGGAAAGAGGUUGUAAAUGGUUUUAUAAGACAUGAAUUGGGAUCCCAAUUGGGUGAUGCUUCACAGUCUAGCGGAAGAGAAAGUUUAAGACCUGCUAAUACAACCAAAUUUCCUCCUAUCUCGCCAGUAACCAAUAUUUCACAAUUACCUCCUGCCAAUGUGCGGUAUAGUCCUGUAUCCAUGAACACUUUAUAUCCUUCUUCAGCUACAUGCGAUAUUCCAAUUGAGAGUUUAGAUAAAUGGCGUGAAACUUUGACAAUGAUUCUAGCAAAUAGAACACCUGGUGAUAAUCAAGCAAUAUUAGCCUUAGGAGAUAUGUUAAAAGAGUUUGGUUGGAUUGAUGCUGCUCACGUAUGCUACAUUUUAUCCCCUCUAUCCUCCAUCCAAUCUGGAAUUGAUGAUGUUAAUUCCCGAUUCACACUUGUGAGCAAAGAUUACACCUAUGACCAAUCUAUCCGCUUUUUUUGCGAUUGGAAAGCACUACGUCUCACAGAAAUUUACGAGUUUGGACUUUCGUUAAAUAAUAAUGAUGGUUUACCGUUUUUACAAGCAUACAAGUUACUCUAUGCUUGGUGGUUGGUGGAUUGCGUAAAGGUAUAUACAAAAGGUUCACCAUAUUUUCAUGGCUGUUUCUUGCAAAACUUAAAAGACCUAACGCAAAGGCUACUUGAACACGGUGGCAAUAGUGCUGGGAAUAAUGAAUCGUCUUCCUGGUUAUUUGCCAAAAAAAUGCCCAAAGCAGCUCUUGAUUCUUUAUGGGAUUCACUUGAAGUAAAAUUUAAUAAGUUUGUUGCAGGUGAUGCUGUGGAUGAAAAUGGACAGAAACCACAUUCAACAAUAUCGCAAGAGGCUGUAGGACCUUUUUCUCACUUUAAUGCAAUUACACAACAGACUUCUAAUGUACCGUCUCGUAGCGUAUCAGCAGCGGAGUUUCGGACGACAUCUGAUUUAAAUCAUGACGCACAACGUUCAACUACUCCCAAUGCAAGAUUACAAAAACAAAUAAACGGAAAUCAACGAAGAUCAUCAACGCCAGGUGUUGGUGUACAAACUGCCGAAUACGUAAAUGGUGGAUAUAACUAUAAUGAAUUUAAUACAGUUUCCGAUGGGCAGAUUUCAAUGUCACCCGUCCUCGAAAACAAUUCAUAUAAUACAUCAACAAUAGAUGAUAGUAUUGGUCAUUUCGGAUCUUUUGGUGCGCAAGGCACUGGCAGUCAGGAACAACACAAGUUUACUGGUUAUAGUCCUUAUAAUAAUUCAGAUAAUAAUAUGUAUCAACAAUCGCAACCGAAUGACAAUGGUUUACAGUCUGAAAAUGCAUAUCCAUAUGAUUCUGUUCCAAAUGGUCAACAAUCAACACAAGGGGAAUAUAAUUAUUCAUCAUGGUCAGGCAAUGAGGCGAACAAGCAACAACAAUCUACGUAUCCAUAUUAUCAACAAGUUGGGAAUUCUGAUACAUCUUAUAAAAAUGAUUCUUCAUGGUGGAAUAAUCCCAGCCCCUAUACUAACUACAAUGAUUCACAACAGGAUCAAAUUCCAGUUAAUAAUAAUGGGGAAGGUGAAUUUAUUUCGCCUAUGGACAAUACUCAAUCAUUCAUGCCAAUGUCAGCAUCAAACAAUUAUGUGACAAAUAAUGCUGUGACAAAUAAUAAUAGUGAAUGGGAUAAUAUAGAAUAUGACUUAGGAUUAGGAAAUAAUGCUUUUAAUUCCAAAAAGAAAGAUAAACAAACCGAUGAUAAUAACUAUGAAUCAACGGAGGAUUCCACCCAGGAGUCGGAACAACCAAAGGAAGAUGAUAAAAAAGAAGAAAAGGCGGGAUGGUUUGGAAGAUGGUUUGGAAAGAAAGAAGGUGGUGGGAAAGUUGCUAACUUGGGAGAAGAAAGUUCGUUUUACUUUGAUCCUGUUCAAAAAAGAUGGGUCAAUAAAAAG